GGACAACACAACGAGCUCACUUCAUCACUUCAUCGCACCACGCAACUUCAACCCACCUAUCCUCAAUGACACCAAACGUGCGGCCCGCGUCACCGGCGGCGCCGAGCUCCGAUCCCGCCGGUGCUGCUGGGGAGUCGCGAGGCACUAAACGCAGCCAAAGUGAUGUGGACGGUGAAACAAAGAAGCGAAAGGUCACCUUAAGAAAUGGUUUUGUUAAGAUAUCUGACAAGACCAGGCAGGAGCUAAGCGUGCCUAACUACUGGGCAAAUACGAAAUUGAUCGACUGGUCAGUCUUAGGAUUCGCAGGGAAUUGUGUUGCCAGUCACGAUUGCGUGGAAUGGACACUUGAUAACAUUAAGGAAGAGAUAUUGCAUGACAUCACUGUGUUGAAAGGAGUACUCACGCUCGUUAAAGCCGUAAGGAUUUUAAGAGCCAUGGAGAAGAAAGUUCGUGGAGAAACCGAGGAUCUCGCAGUUAGGGUAUUUUGUAACGCUGUGAAUAAGGCCCGAUACCAGGAAAUUGCUGCCGCACAGUUUGCCUCGAAAGUCAGUGGAGUUAUUGGUGCUAAGUCCAUUAUGUACACGGAGGCGGCUGGUAUCGUCUGUGCGGAUCUCCAACCAGCCGGACGACCAGAGAUUGAUGAGGAUUCCGUCAAUGAGGAUAACGACACCGCCAAUGACCACGAUCAAGGCACCCCACGUCCGAAUCUCAACACCUUCGAGCCCCUCAAUCAGCACAGAUCCGCCGAUAUGGUGUGUGCGCCGACUGAGGGGCAUAGAGCGGAUGACCUAUUGGCAGCCCUGGUACCUGAAGCCAAUUUGAGUAGCCAACCAUCACUCUUCCAGAGGUUGAAAGACGCUUUUGAGCAGUACAAGAGUCAAGUUGCCGAUGAUUUUACAGUAGAGAACAUAUGCGAUGUCAGAAGGCGGUCACCGUUCUUGCUCGCGGGAUAUGUGGAUGAGGCAGAUUAUCAGGAGCUUCUGGAUAUGGAGAUAAAACCGAUGGAAGAUUUGUUGAAGCCGUCGAUUGAAGCCGUGGUUGACAAGUUUUUCAAUCAGGAUUUUGAUGCGAAAAACUGGCGUCGGAGGCGUGAGAAGCUGCUGGAUGUCAUGGACGAUGACAUUGACGCAAAAAAGAUGCGACAUGUCCUGUAUGAAGUCACACCGGCAUAUUUUGAAGCAAUUUUUUCCGACCGCAACAUUCUUCUGGAAAAGUCGUAUGAAGAGGCGCCAUAUGCUCUGAAAUUUGUUCAUCCGCUGCUCCGCCACAUUAUCCGAGAUUUUUCCAGUUUGCAAUAUGAGGGCGGUGAUGUCGCUCUGAUAAGUGUGCGGGAAAGGAAACGUCGUGAAGAUCAAGAUGGAACGGGAGAGCGAGCUGACGGUGUAGUUUACUCUUCAACGGGACGUGAACUCGCAUCAGUGGAGAUUAGCAAACCCUACCCUCCUCAGCAAAAGUUUGUGGACGACCUCGGCCAAUUGGGACGAACAAGCAAGGAUAUAAUCAACAAUAUGAUCGUGCAGAACGUUUUGAACGAUGAACACAUACCGUCAGAUCUUAAAGCCUACGAAUGCCAAGUAUACAACCACCGCCUUUCCCUUUCGUACAUGAAGCUGGUGCAUUCAGUUUACUUCAAAGUUGAAUACGACAGAGAAGCACUCCCACGGACCGCCAAAGAUCUUCCCAACCUCAGCAAAAUUGUGAAGAUGAUCUUCUGUUGGGUUCAAUCUAUGGCCCAGUACUCGGAACUCUGUGAAAAUCAGAGGACAAAGAGUCGUCGUCUCAGCAGCCUUCGAAACAUGCGUAGCGCAUACGAGCUCGCCGAAAACAGACCCAGAUCGACUCGAAAGAAGACUUACAUGGUGCUGAACAAAUUCUAGGAGGGACGUCAGGCGGGUGCCGGCGGAAGCAUCGACUCUUCGGACUGAGGAGGUCGACGCCUCUGCCGGCCCCAAUUGAUGAGAAUUCUGGAGUAGCGGGAUUGCCGGACGGUGAGAUGGGGUAUUUGAUUCUGUGGGACUUGAAUUUGGAUAAUGAAAUGAAAAAGGAUAAGUGUGGUGCGUGGCGUUUGCGAUGUGAUCCUAUUGGGCAAGUGACCGAAUUAUUGGAGUUAACUUUGUAUGUGAAACUAUUGGGAAUGCGGUGUGCGAAAAUAUACCCUGUAUUAUUCAUUGUUCUUGUUUUUGUAUAAGAAAAGAUUUGUUUUUGCUUUUGUUGA